CGAAUUCGCAUCGAUGAAGAUCUCGCUGCAGCCCUUGCGUCCAAUAGUGAGUUACGCUCCAAGCUAGACGAUGCUGUACAAGAAGCCGUUGCUCUUAAGGAGCAACAGACUGCCACUGACGUGUUCUCUUUGGAGUUGAAGGAUUAUGAGAAAAAGGCGACAAAACCUGACAGAAGCGGGCGAAUGGGCGACACCAACACAUUCCUAUUGUUCAACGCUGAGCUCUGGUCAAUUAAUCCAGACUGGCGCGCUUUCGGUAUCAGGGUGGCGUCCGCUAGUGACGAGGCGUUACCCAUCUAA